AUGGCAUUUGAAGACAAUGCGAGCAACUACAAGAGCGUCUUCAACGGCUGUCUCGGGUUCGGCGUCAAGUGCGCCGUGGUGGCCAUUGACUUCACCAAGGCUUACACCACACCUGGGAGUCCCUUCUUCUGCCCUGGUAAAGGGUAUGGUGUGGUGGAUGCUGUGGCGGAAUCGAAGCCGCUGUUGGAGCUGGCGAGGGCCAAGAGCGUUCCAAUUUUCUACACCAAGGUGUACUAUGAGCAUCCUACAGACGGCGGCGUUUUCACCCAGAAGAUCCCAAGCCUUCGCACAUGGAUAAAGGAGAACCCGCUGGUGGAGAUCGAUGAAAGCAUCACACCCCAUGCAGGUGAUUCUGUGCUCGUCAAGCAGUAUCCCUCUGCCUUCUUUGGAACCAAUCUGGCAUGCAACCUUCGUGCAAUUGGUGUGGACACUUGCAUCAUGGUUGGCUGCUCCACUAGCGGCUGCAUCAGGGCUUCUGUCCUUGAUGGCAUGCAGCAAGGUUUUCGAUGCAUCGUGCCGCGCGAGUGUGUGGGUGACCGCACGCAGAGCGUCCACGAGUCCAACCUUUUCGACAUCAACGCAAAGAACGGUGAUGUCAUGCCCAAACAGGCAGUCAUGGAUCACUUAGGCAGCUGUUAA